AUGGACCGCUACAUUUCAAUUCGAAUGAUUAAUAUCGAUCAUUACUUGGACGAUCCGGGUCCUAUGGAUCGCGCGUUUUGUCCUUUCAGUAGCACGAGGCUGAAUAAAGUUCCCGUUAUUCGUGUGUUCGGGUCAACGCCGUCCGGACAGAAAGCGUGUCUACACGUUCACCAGGCAUACCCUUAUUUUUACGUACCCUAUGCAAUUCCUACGCAUAAUGUAGAACCUGAACAGAUCCAACGCGAAAUCUUUCAAUUCGGCAAUGCAGUUAAUCACGCGCUCAGUCUGGCACAGGGGAGAAAUGAAGGCGUCAACGGCGAUCAGUAUAUUGCAGCAAUUACGUUGGUCAAGGGCAUACCUUUUUACGGUUACCAUGCGAAACCGGAGACAUAUCUCAAGAUCAAUUUAUUGAAUCCUGCAGACAAGCAGCGCAUGGUGGAUAUAUUAGUCAAGGGCGCAGUCAACGGUACAUCUUACCAGCCGCACGAAGCACACAUUCCAUUUGAGCUGCAGUUUAUGAUGGAUUACAACCUGUACGGCAUGAAUUGGGUUCAUGUACAUCCAGCUCGACCGCAGCAUACUUCUACUGUUGACAACAACAAUAGCGACGAUGACCAGAAUGUGCAGUUCAGUUUACGGUUUCGAGAGCCUAUGUUUGAUGAACCCAAGACCGUAUUGUUGAGCCAGUCCACGAGCGAUCGAGACGCGUCUGUUUCUCUGAAUGAUAAUGAGUUCUAUACAGCAAUGACAGUACCGAGGGAAAUGCAGUGGAGCAGCGUCGGUAGAUCAAGUUACUGUGAACUGGAAAUGGAUACCACUGUCAUGACGAUUGGCAACAGAUUGGAGCUGCAGCAACGGGAUAUUCAUUGCCAUAGAGACUUGGAAAAGGAACAAUCGCAACAAGAAAAGUUGAUCAAAUCGUUAGCAGGGAUAUGGAAUGACGAAGCAAACCGUCGCGCAGAACGGAACGUGCCAAUGCCUACUACGAAUACACAGAAUGAAGCGCGUGAUAAUGCCCAAAAUCGACAUUGGAGUACAGAACCGUCAUGGCGCCGCAUGAUAAACCGAUUUACUGGUGGUGUGUCAGAAACGACAGAGGCUGCCGAUGAACCUAGCGGUAGCGAUGAUGGUAACGGUUAUGAGGAAAAUGCGCUUAUCUACUCAGCCAACAUUCCUACUACCUUUGAAGCUGUUGAAUCGCUCUAUCCACCCAAAUAUUAUACUUUAAGUCAGAGACCAAAUCGCUCACAGUCGCUCAUUAUUCCACCGCGUAUGCUAUCCAAUCUUUCGGACUUGUUACGACAAAACAGCAGCCAGGAACAAAAUGAUUCUCAAGUCUCGGAACUUGGCAAUCAAGAACGACAGAUGGCCCACGCAUCGCCCUACAGCGUUCAGGCGGCGACGCCAUCACGAUACCAAAGUUGGCAAAAGGUCGCAGCAAAUACAACUAACGAAAACGUGAAUGUCGACAUGAUCCACUCGCUCGUCCGUAGUGCUAGCUCUUUUCAAGAUGAUGAUAUACCUGAUGAAGAUGUAUUGGCUCUAGCAAGGCAAUACAGUGAACAAGAAGAGGAGCGAAGACUUGAACAAGAUAAUGGGGAAGAAGAGGACCAAAAUAUAAUGUGGCCGACGCAGAGUCCUUCAAGAACACAGCAGCGUUUACCACAGAUUCAGUUAGAACAUGAAGAGGAGCGACCAGAUUUGUUCAGACCACGAAAAUUGGAUUUUCAUGCAGAAGUGGCCAGGAUAGAAGCUCGAGAAGCUGAAGCAACAAAGUCGUCAACCAUGGAAGAGGAACAUAGUGAGUCGCGUUCGGCUAUAAUGAAUGUGGAUGAGGACGACGACACAGAGUUGCAAGUGAGUGAAGUGCCGCCUUUACCAUCACGGGCGUACAAACGAAGUCGGCACCUUCCGCAGUAUGAUGGUGCCGGUGAUAGUAGUAGCGAAAACGACGAGGAUCAUACUGAUGAUAAUCACGAAAUACAACCCAUUCGCACAAAUGUACGAAGGUCACCCUUAUCAUACAAAGAAGAGCCUUAUAUAUCCGUCAAAAAGCAACCUGCAUUAGUACAGCUAGUUUUGAAGAAAAGACAAGAAAAAGCAAAUCAACAACGCCAACAGCAAGCACAGGAGCAAUACAGUCAACCAGGGCAACAAAACCGGAACCUAAAAUCAUCAACUCAUGACCGAAAGCACAACUCUUUACUCGAAAGUUUAGCCCACGGAUCACCAUCUAAUAAACAUUCACAGAUCCAUGAUCCUGGCACAGUGGACCCAAUAUUUGAUGAAACUUAUUCAAAAGAAUAUACCUAUGCGCAUCCACCACCGGAGGUAUCAAAUCUUGACUACGUAUCCUAUCAAGAGCCCUACUACAGCAACCCAGCUGAUGUGCCGAGCAGAGCGAAAGUCUUCUCAGGAAAGGAGUUCCGUUUGACCUCCAAAUCGGUGCAACACCUUAAACCUGUACCGCCAAAGUAUUUUGAUCCAUCAAAAGAGAACGAGUGGAAGCAUUCAAGCAUCACCGAGUGGGAAAUGGCUCGCGGGCCUCCGAGUGCUGUUGAAAUAAGGCAAUGGCUAUUGCAAAAGGAGCAGAAGAAAGUGGGUGCAAGCGAGCAGGUUCAGGCUGAAAAGGAUAAGUCAGGCGAGGUAGACAAGGCAUCUGCGUCUCAGUUGGAUGGUCCUUCCACACUUGGGUUCCAAUACAGCUUGAGUAAGCCAAAAUCUAAAGUAUCCCGUGCAAGAGAUUACUUGGAUAUUCUCAGUGUCGAAAUCCAUGUCAAUUCUCGAGAUGAUAAGCUUCCUGAUCCUGCGCACGAUGCUGUACAGACAAUUUUCUGGUGCCUCAAAACAGAAGAUGCAAAUAUUAUCUCCAAUGGUUUCCAGGACGGAUAUCACGUCGAAAUCAUUACUGUUGGCCUUAAUAUCGAUACCAAAAAAAUCGGCCUUCCUGCCUAUGAAACCACUUAUGUCGAAGAUGAGAAAACUCUUUUUCAAGCAUUCAUUGAGGUUGUGCGAUUAUACGAUCCUGAUAUACUUGUCGGCUAUGAGCUCCAUAACGCAUCUUGGGGUUAUUUGAUUGAACGAGCCGCUGUUUACAAUAUCCACUUGAUUGAUGAGCUAGCACGCGUAGGAGCCGUGUCGGAUAAGAUACACCAAGAUCAGUGGGGAUAUCGAAAAGCGUCAAUAUACCGAAUUAUUGGCCGCCACAUGAUCAAUGUUUGGCGCACAAUGCAAGGCGAAUACAAUUUGACAAGUUACACCUUUGAAAAUGUUGCAUACAAUAUCCUACAUUGCCGAAUGGCUCACUAUUCUUAUCGUACAUUGACCACAUGGUAUACGCAAGGCGAGGCUGUGCUCAAAUACAGACUGUACAAGUACUAUUUGGACCGUGUUCAGAUGAAUCUUGAUCUACUGGACGUAUCCGAAAUUAUCAAUCGUACAUCUGAAUCUGCACGCGUGUUUGGUAUCGACUUUUAUACCGUGCUUACGCGUGGAUCACAGUUUAAGGUCGAGUCGACCAUGUUUCGCAUAGCCAAGCCUGAAAACUUUGUACUCAUUUCGCCAAGCCGUGAACAGGUCGGUCGUCAACGUGCUGCAGAAUGCUUGCCAUUGGUGAUGGAGCCAGAGACGCAGUUUUACAAUGAUCCACUUGUGGUGCUCGAUUUUCAGUCUCUGUAUCCAUCCAUUAUGAUUGCCUAUAACUACUGUUUCUCAACAUGUCUUGGCAAAGUAAGAAAUCAAGGUGACCCACCAAAAUUCGGUGUCGGCGAGCUUGAUAUUACACCGGAUAUGCUACGUGAAUUGAAAGAUGAGAUAAAUGUAUCACCAAACGGUAUAAUGUUUGUCAAGGCUUCGGUCCGCAAAAGCUUGUUGGCUAAAAUGCUGGGCGAGAUCCUUGAUACGCGCGUCAUGAUCAAGACAUCGAUGAAGGAUUACAAGGACGACACCGGAUUACUGCGACUUUUGGAUGCAAGGCAGUUGACGCUCAAAUAUAUUGCCAAUGUAACGUAUGGAUACACUUCAGCAUCGUUUUCAGGCCGAAUGCCUGCUGUGGAAAUAGCUGACAGUAUCGUUCAAACAGGACGUGAAACACUCGAACGGACAAUUGCCACUAUUAAUGAAAUGAAAAAAUGGGAUGCAAGAGUGGUUUAUGGUGAUACGGAUAGUGUCUUUGUAUCAUUACCCGGUCGGACGCGCGAGGAAGCUUUUGAAAUAGGAAAAGACAUUGCACAGACCAUCACCGCCAUGAAUCCAUCCCCAGUACGUUUAAAGUUUGAGAAAGUAUACCACCCAUGCGUGCUUGUGGCCAAGAAGCGUUAUGUCGGCUUCAAGUACGAGAGUCCUGAAGAAACCGAACCAGUGUUUGAAGCCAAGGGAAUCGAAACAGUGCGACGCGAUGGUACCAUGGCAACGCAGAAAAUUUUGGAAGCAUCGUUAAAGAUAUUGUUUCGAACGCAAGAUAUGUCUAAACUCAAGGAGUAUCUAUACCGGCAAUGGACCAAGGUACUAUCCAACCGAGUAUCCGUGCAAGAUUUUAUCAUUGCUCGCGAGGUACGACUGGGCACUUACACCGACCAAGGUCUACCAAACGGAGCCAGGGUCGCACUGGAUAAAAUGGCACAGGAUCAUCGAGACGUCCCACAGCACGGUGAGCGUGUGCCGUACGUUGUCGUCUACAAGGGUGGCCCCAACGCAAGGCUACGAGACAAAGUUGUGCGGCCAGAAGAAAUUCUCCACGACAGUACCCUCCAGCUGGACGCCGAAUACUACAUUAACAAAAUGAUUAUACCACCGUUAGCCCGGAUAUUCAACCUGGUCGGGGUCGACGUCAAGGGCUGGUAUGACGAGAUGCCACGGUCACGCAAGACUGCCGCCAUUGCCUCUGCCAGAUACGAAAUCCAUCAACAACAAAACAAAUCGUUUAAGCGGAUAGACCAAUACUAUGCAAGCAGCCACUGUAUCAUCUGUCGACGGCUGACAGACCAAAACAUUUGCUCAACAUGUGCAAGCAACCCGGCACACAUGGUGUACACACUCAGGUCCCGCCAGGCCGAAACUGAAUCCAGGCUAGUCAAUACCCUCCUCCUUUGCCAAUCCUGCUCUGGAAUUUCCCCCAUCCAAACAGCUGCCACCUCGGGCGAGAAACAAGCAGCCAUUGACACAACAGGCUAUGCAGACCACCCUUGCGACUCGCUCGAUUGUCCCGUCUUUUACGAACGCGUCAAAGCCAAAAAUGAUGUGUGCGCAACGUCGACGUAUGACGAAUUGCUUUGA